GCUAUAUGGAUAUGCGCGGCGUGGAGACGAUACAUCCACAGCAUGACAGUCGACAAGAACAACAUCCAGUCGACGGAUGAAGAGGUUCCCGGGCCUAGACCUGGCCAACACCCUGUCAAAUGGUACCGAUCGACAUACUACAACGCCCUAAUCCUCGGAAUAUGCAACUUCCUCGCACCCGGAAUCUGGGGCGCCAUGUCCAGCCUGGGGGGCGGUGGACAACAGGAGCCCUACCUAGUCAACGCAGCCAACGCGCUAACUUUCUGUCUGAUGGUCGUGUCGUGCUUCUUUGGCAGCGUCGUCGUCCGCUACAUCGGAAUCCAGUGGACUCUGAUCGUCGGCACUUUGGGAUACGCUCCGUAUGCCGCAGGGCUGUACGUUAACAACCGCUUCGACAAAGAAUGGCUGACCAUAUUUGGCGCCGCGCUGUGCGGCCUCUCCGCUGGCCUAUUCUGGAUGGCUGAGACCGCCAUCGCCUUGUCUUAUCCGGAACCCUACACCCAGGGUCGCUUCCUCGGCUUCUGGCUCAGCUUCCGCGUCGGCGGCCAGAUCUUGGGCGGUGCCAUCAACCUGGGCCUCAAUGCCGACCGCUCCACGGCAGGAAGUGUCUCCUACGCCGUGUACCUUGUGUUCAUUGCCUUGCAAGCACUCGGUCCGUUUGCCGGUUUGCUGCUGACGCCGCCGCACAAGGUCCAACGGACAGAUGGUCAUCCAGUGCGUUUGCAUAUCGCGAGUAGCACAUCCUUCGAGAUAAAGGCUAUGGCGAAAUUGUUCAUCCGACGGGAAUUUCUUCUUAUUGUUCCACUGAUUGCCCAGGCGGUGUAUACUGAGGCGGUCAUGUUCACGUACCUCUCCCUCUGGUUCUCGGUUCGUGCCCGUGCGCUCGGGUCCUUUCUAGCUGGGGUCGUAGCCCUCAUCGCGGGGAACAUCCUCGGUGCCUAUUUGGACCGGACCAAGAUAGCGUUGAAGUCGCGCAGUCGAGGCGCCUUUGCCACGAUCAUGGCGUUGCAAGGGGGCUGGUGGGUCUGGGCUACAGUGAUUGUUACUGAAUAUCACCGGAAUGAACCAACUUACGAUUGGGCGGACCCGGGCUUUGGUCGGGGGUUCCCCUUGUAUGUGUUUUGGGUCGCGGGGUUCCAGCUGAAUUACAUGUUUCUGUAUUUCGUCAUUGGAAACCUCGCUCGCGACUCGGAAGAAGUCGUCCGUCUCGCGGGUCUGCUGCGGGGGACGGAAUCCGCUGUACAAGCCGUCUCCUACGGUCUUUCGAGUGUGCCCAUAAUGGCGUCCGUCGGUAGCAUAUACUUGAACUUCGGUCUCUGGGCAAUCGCACUACUACCAGCGUGGUUGGUUGUCAAAGAAAUCGGGGUCUCGUUCCGUGAUCAAAAAGUCGCCCGGGAAACAGAGUCGGAGUGAUGAGGCAGUGACCGUAAGAGAGACAGGGAAAUUUUGAAAAUAAAUCAUAUGGUUGAUCAUGGUUCCUGGAUUGGAAGACAGAACAUCGGUCGUGCC